GCCCACCUGUCAUUCUCCACUCGAGUCACCCUCGCCGCGCGUCGCUUGCCCUGCGCCGCCGCGUCCGGGCGUCCGCGCCUGCGCCACCGGCGCCGACCCACGGACGCCUCCUGACCACUGCCGCGUCGGAUGAUAGGAAGAGAUUGCGGCGUCGGAUGUUGAGUCGGGUUCCUGAUGUUCUUGGGGUUCCGUUCGGGGGUGAGAGGAAGAGAUGGCGGCGUCGGAUGUUGAGUACCGCUGCUUCGUCGGCGGCCUUGCCUGGGCCACCGACGACAACUCACUGAACAACGCCUUCAGCACCUACGGCGAGGUCCUCGAGUCCAAGAUCAUCCUCGAUCGUGAGACCCAGAGGUCCCGCGGCCUCGGCUUCGUCACCUUCUCGAGCGAGCAGGCGAUGCGCGACGCCAUCGAGGGGAUGAACGGCAAGGAGCUGGACAGCCGCAGCAUCACCGUCAACGAGGCCCAGUCCCGCGGCGGCCGGCGCUCCGGCGGCGGCAGCUACGGGCGCCGCGAGGGUGGCGGUGGCUACGGCAGCGGCGGCUCCUUCUCCUCGUCCCUGGCCGCUGCGGCGCACCACCUCCGGCACUGCCACUGCAGCACGACGCCGGCCACGAUGGCCACCACGACGAUGGGCACCGUCGGUGACGACUGGCGCUUCUGCGGCCUCCUCCCCUGUAACACCCCUCAAUUAGCACUCAAUUAGGAGUCUUAAACAAGA